AUGCUAAAGUGAUAACCUUGACGAUACUGAUAAAAUAUGACGAGAGAGAAUAAUGCACAAGUCCCCUACCGCAAACACGCGCAAGUAGUAGAAUGAUGAUAUAGCUGCACGAACUGUAUACAUGUGCGAUAAAUCGUUCCAUGAUCGUGGGCCAUACGACCGUAUUCUAUUCUGUGUAGUAUAUUUCCGUAUUCCCCGCUGAACCGUGACUUUAUAUUGUCGAUGGGAUAAUGAGAUUUUUGCAUGUGAAAACGAGAGCUACAAAUGUAUGUGUAGCAUGGCUAGUCGUGUGGCGGUCGUGGAUGGUUGUGCAGGUGUGGUUUCCCUGAAAUAGUAUGGUAUUGUUCGAUUGGAUUGGUAUUUCGCAAUGGAAUGGUUGUGAUAUUGCACAUGGCGGCCUACAUGGUUAAGGACGUUGUGAUAGUGUACACCGUGAAAUAUGAUCCCGGAAGCAAGUGUAUGUGGAUGUUACCCGUGCAGCCUUACACUGACACCAGUAAAAAAACCCUGUGAUGUGAUCUGUGGUUCAGUCAAUAUCCUGGCAUCGACGUGAUAUAUACACACUGCAAUUACCGCUACAUAUAUGCGCGGGUACAGAGUGAAUGCUUGCAACAAUUCAACAUUGUGGAGGGCUGUUUUCCCAUUAAACGAUGACGCGAACUGAAGUCUAACUUGCCGAAUUGAGUUCCUCAUUAUUUCGUCUCAUGGAAAACCCACAAAUACUGGACCAUCUUAGUAACUACGGUGCCCAAAUCGUGUACGAUGUAUCAGGGCAAUAUGGUGGAUUUAUGACGUGUGCUUUGUCAGUGUUACGCUUCAACAGUGUUAGUGUGAGGGUGAGAUUGGUAUUGGAGUUAUAGAAACAGCCAUGAGACGUAUGUUAAAAUGGCAACUCAAGCGACUCUUCGUCCUCUGCACCAUCGGAUUCUGUUUCAUCAGUCUUGCUCGUGUGUUGAUAUUUCUAAACAUGGAGUGCAAGACUAGCAUCGUGUUGAAACAACAACAUGGCGGCUCGAACGUUGUCAGGGUGUUCUCGAAAACUGAGAUUGAGGCAAAGCGGGUGCCGCCAGACAGUGCCCACAAGGACGAGCAGGGUAAUGCCAAGAGUGGAAACGAGGCCGAAGUUCAGGAAACUACUAAGGUAACGGUAGGACCCACUGUUCCAGCUAACACAGUGCCUUUGUUCAGUGACGAUGUGAUCAACCCCCACCCUUAUGUUUUUACCAUCACCAACUCCAACGCCUGCUACACCGGACGCGGUGAACCCGUUUUUCUGGUGUUGCUGGUCAAGUCCGCCACGGACGAGAGUCUGGACCGGAUGCAGAUCCGACGGACGUGGGGCGGGGUCCGGCAACUGAUGGGCCGGCGCACGCUGACCAUGUUCCUGGUCGGUCAACCCCCGACGAUUCUGGAGCAAGAUAAGCUUCUGAUGGAAGAUGCCAUCCACCAUGAUCUCAUCCAGGAGGAUUUCUUAGACACCUACAGGAACCUGACCCUCAAAAACAUGAUGGGAUGGAAAUGGAUUGCCACCUACUGCCCGGACACCGCCUUCGUUGCCAGUAUAGACGCCGACAUGCAUCUCAACCUACACAACUUAAUCGAGCACCUGGAGAACUCAAGCAGCACUAACCUCGCCCAGGGGCACUUGAAGCCCACGGACAAACCCAUGAGGAACCCCGAAGAUAAAGCCAACAUCAAAUGGUACACUCCACCAAAGAUGUACCCCGAAGCUACCUAUCCACCGUUUCUAAACGGUGCAUGUUACGUCAUGUCCAACGACAUUGCUGUACAAAUCUUCGAAGCCUCCAUGCACGUGCGCUUUCUUCCAUGGGAUGACGUCUUCGUAGGAAUCGUUCUCAAGCGGCUCGGUGUCACUCCCACGGCUCACAACUCCUUCGAGCAGUUCAAGAGGCUAAAGAGAACUAGAGACUACCUGAGAGCCUUUUCGGGAGGAAUAGCAACAGGUAUCGGACAUCAUAGGAAAGGACUGGACAGCAAAGUGAUAAGUGUGUGGGAUUACAUCAGCAGGAUGCAUCGAAUCUUGGAUUCCUUCGAGACAGUGGCGCAAGGAGCUUAGUCAAAAUCCUGAAUACUUGCCUUUUUUAUUUUCGGGUUCUAGCUUAAGAUUUAAAGACUUUCAUCAUUUAGAUUCCUUACUCCUGCACAAACCUUGCAAAUAUGCCAAAUUAUUAUUAUCCAAAACAAACAGAAUUUGGACCGGGUAACGUUCCGAUUUUGUUGGAAUAAUCCUUUUAAAAUAAUACACUAAUCCCCAUAUUUCUUUACUCAACAAGCAAUGUGCGUAUAUAAUGACUGCAUUCUCCCCGAUUUUAGCCCCUACAAUUUCGUCCGUGUCUGUCGAAAUUUAAUAGAGCGGUUCAAGACUUUUUGAGGCUGAAUAGAAUGGGCAAGGAACGGGUUCUAAAAUGUUUAUUCCCCAUUUUUUGUCUUAUCCAACUCGUAAAACACCAAAAAAAAAGGUAUACAGAAACCUGAAUUGGAAAUGGAAAAAAGACCAACUCGCCACUAUUUAUUGAACCCUAAAAACUUUUCAUCCAAACUUUGGACCGUAGUCAGAUAGGGUGGGCUUGGUCCAAUUGUGGUUGUGGGAUGGAUGGAAAGAAUGUAGUAUCCAGACGCCACUUCUUUGGUUGUGUACAAAGUCUGUGGAGAGUCGAGAAGAUUUUCUGAGUACAUGUAUUUCCUAACAAAAUAGGAAACGCAGUCCCAGAUUCAUGUCUUUUCAACAUGUUUGCAAUGUCUGACCUUGAUUGCGAUGACAUGAAUUUUAAAAGUGGCGUCAGGCUGCAACAUUCUUUCCGAAUGUGGUGACAGUAAAGUGUUGGCACAACUUGUUUUUUUAAUGGUGGGGACUGUUUAAGUAUUUUAUAGCAUUUGAUCUGUGCCAGAAUGGACAAAAAUAACUGACUCGCAAACUAUUCUCUUUGCCACGAACUGUAGACUGGUGCCAACAUUGUUUUAUUAUUUUGAACCUAACAUGGUCAGAUUUAUUUAUCUAUGCAGAUUGUAUACGAGAAUAUUUCUUGAAGUACAGGGUUUCCGUCUUUCCCGUUGUUUCUAUUUGUUUUGUAUAGCUUGCAGAAAAAAAAUCGACUAAUGAAUGUCAAUCUUCUAUCUUUUGGUUAUAUUUCUUUGUUUUCUUUUUUGUUUUCAUUUCACUAACGUAUUGUUAAGUAAAGGAGGAAACUCAAAAUUAACGCACAAUUUUUGUCGGCGCAAAAUGUCAGGAAAAAAGUACACAUAAUAACAUAGGUGUUCUGAGAAAAUGUGUGUCUGAUUAAGAGGAAAAACAUACGUAGGAUGCAAUUAAUAUUCUGAAACAUGCGGUGAUCUUUUGCAUCUACAACCAACACCCAUUUAUAAUGUCAAACCCAAGCCUGAACACAAAGCACUGACGAUAGUCUUAAGGUUCUUAAAAUAUAUUAAUGCUGCAAACCAAUAUGCAAAAACAAAUGGCUGUGCGUUGAUUUUGGGUUGUUUUUUUUUGUUGUUGGUUUGUUUGCUUGCCAAAUAAGAUCGUGCAUACGUAAAAGCAAUAAGAUGUGCUGGUAUAACCGAGUCCACAGUGAAGGAAUGUGUCAUCAUCUGCUGUAGACUCGGGCAAUAUAUAUUUAUUCAGCUGCUUAAAUAUGUAAUAAUUAACCACAUCUGAGGUGAUGACAUAACGUUCAGCAGACGUGCGCGCCAAAACAAGGACGUUACAUUUAUGGUGCUUACCCCUCUGGAACUGUAAAAAUACUUUGAUAAUGCAAUGAAAAAACAAAAACUAGUAACUUAACAUACAUCAUAAACACGUCUUAUUGCUUUUUUUAAUUUUCUUUUGAAUGUUUACGUAAUUGUAUUUUCGUAUUUAUUGUUUUAAAUUUGAAAAUGUUUGGCCCACCGAACAAAGAUUUAAGCACUUCCUAAGCCUUGUUGGGUCCCUAUUUGGUAUAAAUAGAAAUGACCAAUUAAUAUUGUAUUAUUUUUUUCGGUGUAUUUGAGAUGAUGUGUUAUGCUCCUAACCCUAACCUUCCAAAAUCCUCGAAAAUGCUCUUUGCAAAAUGGAGAAUUUUGUAGGAUUGAGGCUUUUUGGCAAACAUGUGUGGUUGAUUUGGAGGAUGCACUGUGUCAAGGUCUUGGGUUAGACCUUGUGUUGUGCUCAGCCGUGUAUACAUUUUAUAGGCCUAGAUUAUACUUGAAAUCCUCCGCACUGCUCCAGGAUGUCACUGGCUCUGCCUCAACAUAUUGACAGUGACUGCUUGAGGAUUUUGCAGGAUUGAGGCAGUGGUCACCCCAUCCAAGGACCACAUUCAAGAAACAACGGAGGCUUUUGCAAGGUUGAGGCUGUAUGCAAUUUAAAAUGGAGGCAGUGUGGGGAUUUUGCAGGAUUGAGGUUACAUCCUAGCAAAAAUGCCUAGGGAGUUCGGGUUAAAGUUGAAAAGACACUUAUGGAAAUGUCAUGUUAUACUUGAUUGUUGAGAACAUGAAUGUUGUUUUUGAGAUCACUUGCACCCGAGGCAUACAAUAGUAUUAAUUAAUGUGGUAAGUUCACAUUAACAUGAUGCAACUCAUGUUGUUCAAUAAAGUCACAGUACAUUUCAGUAUA